AUGAGUUUUGAAGUGCUGGUACAGGCGGGAGAAUUUGAAGAAAAUGAAGAUGAGAGAUUUCAAAUAGCUGAAGAAAAUCAUAGAUCGGGAAACACAGGAACGAGUGCCUUUGUAAGAUUUAUAAAUACCACAGAUAGGGACGUAGACAUAGUCUGGAUAAAUUAUAGUGGAAAAUAUAUUAGGUACAGAAAGUUAAGUAAAGACAAUUUUCUUGAUGUAAAUACCUAUAACACUCAUCCCUGGGUGGCAUUUGAUUACCAUACAAAGGAUAGACUUCAUAUAGAAAAAGAAUUUGUGUUUUUUCCAAAGACUUUAAGAGAAUAUUGGAGAGUUCAUCCUGAAAAAGUAUUUCCCAUAGAUGAAGCUAGAAUUCCAGCAUAUAUUACGGUUCCUAUGUAUAGUUUAAAAUAUUCUGCACUGUUAGCUGUUAGGAAUACACUGAAGAGUUGUAAAGAUGCUGAAGUUUUAGAAUUACCUAGAGAGUUGAUCGAAGAUUUAAAAAGGGUUAUUAAAUUGAGGAACAAUUUACUAUAUACUUUUAGCAGUUCUUAA